UCCAGCUUGUGAUGAGCAGAUAGGGAAGAAGGAUGGAAGUGGAAGAGGGUAAUAACGCCGAUGCUGGUGACAUCAAUGAAGGCAACAAUGAUGUUCUCUGCAAUAAGUUAGCUGAUUCUACACUACGAGAGCUUGAUGGUAUGUUUCCUAUGUCUGGUAAUUCUUCAUCGUCCCUUGGUUCAGAAUGUUCUAUUCAUAGAGUCCCUAAUAAAUUUUACAAAGGAGGUCAAAAUUAUUACGUACCCGAGUUGGUAGCUAUCGGCCCUUAUUACCAUGGAGAUGAAAGGUUCAUAAACAUGGAAGUGCAUAAACAGCGAUAUGUUCAUGCACUUCUCGGACGAAUAUCAACACCCGAGAGUAGACCAGAAAAAUUAAAGGCAUUAUUUGAAGUUGUAGGAAACUUAGAAGAAAAAGUGCGCGAAUCCUAUUCAUCAGACUCCAUCAUUGUGAAUGAGGAGAAAAAAGAUGAUUUCAGAAAAAUGAUUCUAUUUGACGGUUUGUUCAUAGUUGAGCUCUUGCUAAGGAGUGAGGAGCCGGACACAUACAAGAAAGAUCCCAACGAUCCCAUAUUCAAUACCAGUUGGAUGUAUGCAAGUUUGGUUCGCGACAUGAUAUUACUUGAAAACCAACUUCCUCUCUUCAUUCUUGAGAAGUUAUUCAGCAAAAUGAAGGAAUUUGACCAAAAUUCUCAAAAUAAGACAAUUACAAGGCUCGCUCUUCGGUUUUUUAAAACUUUAAUUCCUAAUGACCAGGAAAUAUUAAGCGAGGGCGAUGGAAAAUUUGCAAAAACCAAGCAUUUACUCGAUGUGUUAUACAAGGUGUUGUUUGAUGUCGAGUGCGGUAAAGCAACCAACUCCAAUUCACGAGGCUUGUCGAGUGCGGUAAAGCUUGAAAGGGCUGGGGUGAGGUUCAAGAAGGCCGAUAAGCAUAGAUGUUUCUUGGACAUCAAGUUCAAACACGAGGCGUUGGAAAUUCCAGUAUUACACAUUGAAGAUCAUUUUGAGGUUUUUCUAAGAAAUCUAAUUGCAUGGGAGCAAUGCAGUAACAUUAAGGAGAACCGCCCUUUUGUAGUCACAUCCUAUGCGUUCUUGAUGGAAAGCAUGAUUAACACCGAGUCGGAUGUGGAACUUCUCUGUCGCCGUGAAAUUAUCACCCACAGCCUCGGUUGUGAUGAGGAUGUCUCUUUACUCUUCAAUAAUCUCUGCAAGGAGGUUACUCUUGAAAAGUUUUUCUAUUCUGAGGUUUGUGAACAGGUAGAAGAUUAUUCCAAGACUCUGUGGCAUACGUGGCGAGAAUGGUUAACGCGCAAAUAUUUCCGAAGUCCAUGGGCGUGCAUGUCACUAUUUACUGCAAUGUUAUUGCUUCUAUUUGCCUUUGUAGGGGCUGUAGGGGGAGUGUUUUCAGCUCUUUCUUACUUAUUUCACAAAUCCUAAGUCUCCGUUUGUUUGCACUGCAAAUUUCAUAUGCAUUUUGAUACUUCAGUUAAGGUGGACUUAAGGAGGGCAAGAUCAGUUAGAGGAAGAGGAAGAGGCGGGAGAAGCCGGGCCUCGACAUAGUCCGAAGGUGAUCAGUUUGAGGUGGCUACGAUGGUAAUGGCUCUUUGUCGCUCAAUAUGUUGGGAUUGUUUUGUUUUUUGUGUUCUUUGUUGAGCGAUUGAUUGGGCACAAACAUCUUGUUCCGGUCGUUAAUGUUGUUCUUAGUUUUAUUGUGUGGUUUUUCUUCGUUACUUUUUGUAUCUAGUACAGAUUUGCACCGCAAAUAAAUUAAUAAAGUGAGUCUCAAUUUGUUUGCAA